AUGAAGUAUUUCCUCAGUUCGUUAACUAAGAAUGCUUUUACAUGGUUUACAACUCUCCCACCAGGUUCUAUAGAUACUUGGUCUCACUUGGAGAGAUUAUUUCAUGAGAAGUUCUAUAUGGGCCAAACCAAGAUAAGUCUUAAGGAAUUGACCAAUAUCAAAAGGAAAUUUACUGAACCUAUAGAUGACUAUUUGAAUAGGUUCAGUUUUCUAAAGGCUAAGUGCUUCACAGUGGUGCAUGAACAUGAACUAGUCGAAAUGGCCACUGGAGGUUUAGAUUAUUCUAUCAGGAAAAAACUAGAUACUCAAUAUUUGCGAAACAUGGCCCAGUUAGCCGAUAGGGAAAGAGUUGCCUAUGUCGAAGCCGACGAAGGAGAACCUAAAAUUUUCGAGGACCAAUAUGGUUUCGAGGAUUUCGAAGUAGACUUGGCUGAAUUAAAAGACGCAGCCCCUUAUUCCUGUAAAUUACUUACACCAUCAAAUGGGAAAAACCAUGCCGAAAAUGAAAAGAAUGAUAAGUUUCCUAAGAAAACCUACACAUUCGAUGUGACUAAAUGUGAUGAAAUAUUUGAUUUACUUGUGAAAGAUGGCCAAAUGGUGAUACCUCCAAAUACUAAAGUUCCUCCGUUGGAACAGCGGAAGAAAAGAGGUUAUUUUAAAUACCAUAAUUUUUUGGGCCACCGAACCUCGCAAUGUUUUCUUUUCAGGGAUCUUAUUCAAAAUGUAAUCAAGGAAGGCCGUUUGAGGUUUGGAGACAAGGGGAAGAACCAGGAGAAAGUGGAUGCUGAUCCCCUUAACAUUGCUGACACUAAUUAUGCUGAGCCUGUCAAUGUCAACAUGGUCGAUAUGGUUGAAGUUGAGGCGAAGGAGAUUUCAGAGAAUGAAGGAUAUGUCUUAAUUGGAAAGAAGGCUACUAAUAGCCUAGAGUAUGAUGUUACCUUUGGAACAGCUGUCAAGGGUAAAUAG